AUGAACAGUCAUGAAAAAAUGAAUAUUCUUUUUUAGUAUUUUAAAUAUAUUAUAGUAUAUUAAAUAUUUUUAUAAUUAUGAUUUGUCCCCUUAUUUGUGACCAAGAUUGCAUUGAUUAUCUAUUUUCAAAAGGAUAGAUUAUUUCUAUUAUAAGUGUUGCUUUUGCUGUCUCAAUUAGCUGGUUUAUGAUAUGUAAACAUUUAAAUUAUUUUAAUUUCCCUUACUUUCAAAGCAAAAUUAUUGGUAUUCAAUUUUUAUUAUUAUUAUAGUAAUAUUAAUGAUGUCUCCUUUCUAUGCCAUCAUUUCAAUUUUAUCUUUAGAAAUCCCAGUAUUAUAUUAUUUUAAAAGAAUUUAGCAUAAUACUUUGAAUUGAUUAGAGACAUAUACUUAGCUUUUUUAUUGUUUACAUUCUUCUAUUUGAUGUUUUCUUAUAUGGCAUAUGAUCAAGAAUAAGAUAAAAUUACGGAUGAAAAAGUUUAUGAAACUAUGAUUUAAAAUGAAGAAUAUAUAGAACAUCUUUGGCCUUUUAAUCAUUGUUCUAGGAAAUAUUAUUUAACUACUGUUUCUAAAGCAAAAUACUUUACAUACAGAUGCAAGAAAUUUGUACUUUAAUAUUGCAUUGUAAAACCAAUCUUUACUUUUUUAUUAAUAUUUUCAAAACCUUUCCAUUCUAAAUUUAUUCUGAAUUUGGAAAUUGUUUUUGAAAUCAUAAUAAUAUUAAGUGAAUCAUUUUCUCUUUAUUAUUUAAUACUUUUUUAUGUAGCUCUUAAGAAACCUUUAGGUCCCUACAAGUAUUAUUAAUAUUAUUAUUAUUAGACCCCUUUUGAAAUUUUUGAUAAUUAAAAUAACUUUAUUUUUUACAUUUUGGCAAUCCCUUGUAUUGUCUGUAUUCAAAAAAUAAAUCGGAUAAUGUUUUGAACCAGAUGAAAUUCAUUUUACUGAUGAAAGUAUCAUUAGUAGUAUUGAAAACACAUUUGUUUGUUUAGAAAUGUUCUUAAUGACCAUUGCCUGUAUAUUUGCAUUCAGUUAUUCGGAUUUUAUAAAAGAAGACAAUAAUAAAGGAACUCUUAGGAAAGCUAUAAGUGAUAAUUGGAAAGCAUUUAAACAUGAUUUUAGAUUAAUUAAACCUAAAAAGUUUGGGUAAAUGAUUUUUAAAUAUUGAUCUCAUUAGAUACACACCAAAGGUACAUCAUAUUGAAUUGUAAGAGAAAUUAUUCUCAUCAAAUGAAGUUGAUAUUCAUUUUGAGAAAAUGAAUGUGAAAUAAGAAUAUUUAUGA